AAUCACGAGAUUCCUAGACCGACCUAGGUACGUGCCGAUCGUGUUGGGACCAUGCUCGCAACUUUUCCACGACAACGCCGCUCAAACCACGAAGCCAAGCCACCCUUUGCAAUCUCCUAUUGAUAAACCCUGUGGUAUAACAAGACAGGAGAGGGCAUCUUCGCGUACUAUCGUAGCGAGUCGACUAUCAAUGGCCGCCGCACAGGAACUUCCGAAUCGCAAGCACCCUCGUGACGCAAUCGCAGAAGAGCAAACCGACCGCUCAACACGCACUAAACUUUCCUCCCCAGUCGACAACAUCACCCCGGAUGAAUCGGCGGAGCUAAGAGACAACGAUAGCGAGACGUCCAGCAUACUGUCUGAGUCAAGUUCAGAUCCAAGCUCGGAAAGCUCAGAUGAAUCCUCAAGCGACGGCGAAAGCACCCUCUCGGACGAGGAGGACGAGGAAGGCAUAGUCAAUCUCAGGGCAAACAGAGGCAAGAAGCCACGCAUGAAACUGCGAAAACAGGAUUUAGGCUCAGAUAUACGACCCUUUCUAAAGGACUUCUUGCCAAAGUUGAAAGCUGCGAACGAGGAACUCGAGGCUGAAAGGCUAGCGGGAACAUUAAAGUACAGAGAAAUUGAUGCUCACCUGAACGGCGCUUCGGAUGGUACAGAUAAGCCAGAGGAAGAGGAAGGGGAAGGACAGUAUGUUGAAAUGAACCUUGGACUUGGUGUUCUCGAGGAGCAGAAUCCGAACGCAAGCGACGAUAGUAGUAGCGACGAAGGCGAAUCACAUGGCGAGAUGGACAGUACGGUUGAGGAAAAAGAGAAAGAUUUCAUGGGGAAGCUUAUGGGUCAAGAAAGACAUGCUGCUGGAAUACAAAUUGUUGAUGACGCGCAGGAGACUUGAAGGAAGCUCGACUCACCCGAACGUCACUCCCACUUUACAUGGAACGAAGGGAA